AGAAUUAAUUUGAUUUGAUUUGAAAUAAUCCAAAUAUCCUUCGUACUUUCGCAUUGUCUGUUCGCAUCAGUUAGUACUAAGAAAUAUCAGUGCACUUGAUAAUGAGCCAAUUUUCGAUCGGUUUUUUUAAAUUAAUAGGAGAGAAUUUCAAAGUGUCCUUUACGGAAGGGAGAAUUCUCUUUUUAAAAUCGUGCAAAUCCAAGUGAUUUUGACACGUGAUAUUAAAACACGUUGACGUACACGUUGAUAUACUUGAAUCUACAACCAUCCAUAUCAACAAUGAUGGAACAUUGUCAAAAUGCUGUUAAGAUCCUGGACGGCGGUUUUUCCGGGCAAUUGUCACGGCAUGUGAGUGCAAAAAUCGAUGGUGAUCCGCUGUGGACAGCGCGGUUCCUUAAAACCAAUGUCGAUGCCAUAUAUGCCACACACUUGGAUUUUCUACGCGCCGGUGCCGACAUUAUCGAGACUAAUACCUAUCAAGCGUCCGUACCUGGUAUGAUGAAGUAUCUAAAGAUAAGUGAACAUGAAAGUUUGGACUUGCUCAACACAUCUGUAAACUUAGCUAGGAAAGCUGUAGAUGAUUACAUUCAGGAAAAGAGCAUCUCCUUUGAGUCGAGACCUAUGGUCGCUGGAUCGUGCGGUCCUUAUGGCGCUUAUCUACACAAUGGAUCUGAAUAUACCGGUUCCUACGGAAAGAAUAUAUCCCGACAAGAACUAAUUGAUUGGCACAGGCCGCGCGUUAAGGCGUUAUUGAACGCUGGUAUUGAUCUUCUAGCUUUCGAAACUAUACCCUGCGUCGAGGAAGCGGAAGCCAUUCUAGAGUUGCUGAAGGAGUACCCACAUGCCCGUGCUUGGCUCUCGUUUUCAUGUCGAGAUGGUCAAUUCAUGUCGGACGGCAGCGUAUUCCAAAAUACAGCUGUGCGUUGUUACCGCACUUUGCCAUUGCAGAUUGUCGCAGUUGGCGUCAAUUGUAUCGAUCCGAAGUACGUGACUCCUUUACUGAAGGGUAUCAACGAAAGCGCUUCAUCGGAGCAGGAUUUCAUUCCCCUGAUAGUGUAUCCUAACAGAGGUGGCAGCUAUUCUACAAGCGGCGAAUGGAUCGCGGUCAAAGACGAUCAUUCUCUGAAUCUGCCUAUAUCAGAAUGGUUGGACCUAGGAAUUCGUUACAUCGGCGGUUGCUGCAAGAUCUUCGCAGAGGACAUUAAGCUAAUUCGAUCGGAAGUAAAUCGACAUAACAAGAAAUUUUGAAGUGAUGCCAGCAACUUCCAAAUAUAUUUUUUACAGAUAUUUUACAGAUAUUUUACAGAUUUUUACACAUAUACGCGCUGUUUAAAACCAGGGGUUACAAACUCCUAUUGUUCUCGCGGCAUCUGGAUUAAAAUCUGAGUAUGCGUCGUCCAUUUUAUCGAAUGUAAUAAUUUUUAUAUUAAUUUUUCGUAUAUGUUACCGGUAUUA